CUUCAUUCCACCAGACGACGAGGAGAACCGUUCGCGUAAGGAUCAAACGUUACAAUACUUAUACGUACUAUAGGAGAUUGGAGCGAAAUGUUGUCCCGCUAUAUUUUGACCGGACGAAGCGAGCAGGCAACCGCAAUUGUCAAUGCUGAAGACGUAAAGACUUUAGCAGUGAGCGAGCUUGACAAGAACUUUGUUGCUGAUAAUACGAGAGUUAUCGAACAUAUCCUGCGAAUCAAGAAAAAGUGUACACGGCAAGAAAAAGGCAGUGACAAAGGAGACGACAGGUCCUGGCAAAGUCAUGAAGUUGGAGCAGCCGUACGAUAGGCUGGUGUUGUGUCGCGAUAUCAGAGAUGGCACAUUGUUUAUGAUCGUGUGCAAGGACGAAAGACAAGCGAUACAGCUCUUUUUAAUGAAGGAUUGUAGGUGGGUCGGCAUGUGCGUAUGCCUGUUUGAACCCGAAUUCGAGUUCAGAAUAGCAGGCAUGCCGGCACUCAGCACCGAGCAUCCACUGCUGCCCUUGAGGGAGCACGACUUGGGUGAUGUGGUGGCACCCUACGAGAUGGAGUGGGCCAUGAGUGGAGCGACGAAGGCCCUUUAUGUACGUGGUGCAGACCUGAGGCAGCAGCACGUGAACAUCGUAGAGGGCUGUGCAGCAGCCAUGUGUGACAACCAGCAUGGCGUGACGGAACGGUGUUGUGCGCUGACGUCGGCAAUACCGAACAAGCUCAUAUUGAGAUGCAUAGUCUCGUCAAAGGAAGCCGGCAUCGUGACAGCAAAAUUUCAAUCUACCGCAUUGACGCUCAUCAUGAUGGAAGAGGAUUGUACAACGGUCAAUGCAGGUGACCUGUUGGAUUACGUGCAAGUGAGAAGGGCGUGCCAGCAAGUGUUGGAGUUCUACGCAGAAGCACAAAUAGGCUGGACCAUCUGCGGUUGGUUCAAACCCGGCAUGGCUGUAGGUGCUGAAGUGACUAAAAAACCACGCAUGCAUGUCACAAGCAUGUGUCCGGACAGGCUGAUAGCAGAUGCUCCACGCUACCGAUGUCCAGCACGACCUGUAGCUGCCGAGCGGCAUUUGCAGCUAUAG